CCAGCAGCGAACGGAAAUCAAAUCCCCCCACUCCCGCCCAUUCGCGCUUCAAAUUGCCAAUUAAGGAAUCAAGGAAUGUGGAACCUUAGCAUUGUCUCGAGCGCGCAAGGAAUGGACCUCAACCCUGAAGAAUCUCAUCGCGUGGCAAUCUCAUCGCUUGGGAAACGGCAGCCACCCGCUUUAAAAGCUCCUUCCCUGGGAAACCCUCAAAGGAGCCUCUCCAUCCCGUUCACCACUCAUCGAAUCACCUUCGAUGACUCCGACUCUUUCCUCACUCUCACUCCCUUGUUUGUUCUAUUAGUGUGUUCUCGUGUGUCUCUUGCCUUUCGUUCGAUCGCCCUUGAGCGUGCGUUUCCUCGUUCGUUACUUAUACCCCCAAAAGUUCGGUAUCUUUUCUUUUCGGAGCUCUUUGAGUUCCAAGUACACGUGCCGGAACGAUGGCCUUUAAGGAUGUUGUAAUGAAAGUCCGGCGGAUAAUGUUGUGCUGUGGCAAGCAUGAGCGGAAGCACUCGUUGGAGAUUGGUUCUCCGACGGAUGUCCGACAUGUGGACGUGGGCGAGAGCAUGCCGGGGCUCACUGAGGAUGAACGCAGAUACAUCCGCGAAAAAGCCUCCAACGACGUCAUCCGCCUCCUCUCCCUGCAAUCCCACCCACCCACCUCCCCACCCUCACCCAGUUCCACCUCCACCCCCCUCCCCGCCUCUCUCUCCUCCUCACGCGAGCCCUCACAAACACUCCUCAACGCCGCCUCCGCCGACCUGCCUUCCAACCUCCCCACGCCCCCGCGCCAACGACACAACGACGCUUCCCCACCCGCCUUCCGCAUGAAGAGCAUGUGGGAGCGCCGCACGGGCCGCCUGUCGAGCCUGGGUAGCAGCCACGCUGGGUAUCAGGAGCUCGAUGUCGGGGAGGGCGGGAAAAGAGACGAUGAGGGCGUUGUGGUGCUGAAUCUGGGGUUGGAUAUGGAUUUCAAGGAUACUAAGAGUGUGGAUUCGGAUUCGCCGAUUAGUUUGUCGGCGGCGAGCGGGAAGAGCGUGGAGGGGUUCGAGGUGCAGGAUGUUGUUGGGGGGAGCACGCCGUCGAAGAAGUCGGUUGCGAAGAGUGCCACGGUGACGAAGGCAAUUUGGGAUGUUGAGGUGGCAGAUAGCAGCGCGAGUGAUAGCGAGGGAGACGCUGUGCGGAAGCCGCUUGUUAAGGCUUGAGUAUAGAAUGAGAAUGAGAUUGGUCUCGUCCCAAAGCAACGGAAAGGGUUGUAAGAGGCUGGCUAGUUAUGUGUUUGUACGAUUGCGAAGGGGCCAACAUUGCAGGAGUAACGAC